AUGCCUACCAACCGCAAGGCAGCGGCGGGAAGCGGUCACGCCAGACAAAACGCAACCGGUGUGGUUGCCACGAAAACACCCGAGCCACGAACGGCGCUGAUCACAGGCGGCUCCGGGUUUCUCGGACGGCAUCUCGUGGAGCUGCUGGUAGAGAGGGGCUACAACGUCAUCGUUGUCGACCUGAAGCUCUUUCCUUUCACGGAGUAUUCGGAAAGCGAGCUAGUUAAAAGUUUGCGCUCUCAAGUUCGUGACAUAAGCGUAGAUAUAGGCAACUAUGACGCGCUCUGGGAAGCGUUGCGAAGCGUUCCCCGAAUCGAUGCUGUGUUUCACUGUGCAACGGCGUCGCCGACGGCCGCGAACGCUGCGAACCGCAAGCUGAUGGAAUACGUUAAUAUAGAAGGUACGAAACAAGUCAUCCGAUUCUGUCUCGAACGAGGUAUUCGGUAUCUGGUGUACACGUCCUCUGCUUCGGUUGUUUUCGCCGGACUCGACCUCAUCGACGUUGACGAGGAGUCUGCCCCGCUUGCUAAGAAGGAUAUCGACUUUUAUACGUACACGAAGAGGGUAGCAGAGCAGCUGGUUUUGCAGACAGCGAGCUCAUCGUCUACGGAUCCUGCCCGACGAGUACUGUAUGCAGUUGCGCUCCGACCAUCGGGCAUUUUCGGCGAAUAUGACCCCCUCUUUAUACCGACGCUAGUGAGUAGGGCACGACAGGGUCGCAUGAAAUAUAUCAUUGGCUCUGGGCGAAAUGCUAUGGACUGGACCUACGUGAAGAACGUUGCCGAAGCGCACUAUCUUGCUGCAGAGGCGUUGCAGGAAAGUGACAAGCGUGCCAAACAAUUGACUGGUAAGGCCUACUUCAUAACCAAUGGGGACCCACGCUCUUUCUGGGGGUUUCUGGGGUCCAUCCUGCAAGGUCUGGGAUACCCGCCUCCACGGCAUCGUUUGCCGUUCGCUCUGGUCUACUCCAUUGCAUGGCUCGUGGUGCUCAUUGAUGCGGUCGCGCGUUUACUAGGGCGUUCACUUUCAACGGAUUUCACCCCAGGACGUGUUCUGCUCGCAACCUGCGAGCGUCGGGUAAGUUGUGCAGCCGCGAGGCGAGACUUGGGUUACAAUCCGCGAUUUUCGAUCGAGGAUGGCCUAGAGCGAACGCUUCGAUGGUUUCGCUCUCGGGGACUGGCAGCACAAACCGAGGCACCUAUGGUUCAAUCGGUACCGAAACCAGUAGCCACUACCACGUGA